AUGAGCAAAAAUAGACUAAUUCACACGGCACUAAGUGUUUUAGGCCCAGUCUCACUCCCAAUUCUUUUUGGGAUGUCACUGACAUCUUUAAAUACACUCUCAGAGAUAACCCUUUAUAACCCGAUUAAACCCGAUAUAACCCGAAUUGAUCCUGUGCUAACUAGGCUUGAUGCCAUGCCCUAUUGGCGCCUUGUUGCAAGUAGCAUGUUUAUUGGAACAUUUUUGUUUUCAUUAAGUAUUUCCUUAUUGGGAAUAUUCAAAAUUAUUCCAAAUCCGUAUUUUAAGUAUAUUUUUACAAUUUCUGCAUUUUUAAUUAGUAUUUCUAACGUAUUUUGUGGAUUUUUGAAGUCAAAUAUUUUACUUUUUGUUGUUCGUUUAUUUUUAGGGGUUGGAACAGGAAUUGCAUGUGCAUUAGGGCCAGUUUAUUAUAUUUCCUUAUUAGGAAUAACCGCUGGGGCAAAAAUUGCAACUCUUCAGGGAUUGUUUGUUAAUUUAGGAAUAUUUUUGGAGGGAACAAUAUCAAAGAACCUGGAUCCAAGUAAUAAGAUUGUGAUCUUUUAUAUAAUUGGGGCAAUAUCAGGUAUUUCCGUUAUAACAAACUUUUUAUUCACAAAAAAUUUAAAGAGAAAUUCUAAUGAGAUUGAAAUUAUUCGUGCAACCCGAAGUGGUUUCCCAUCGCACUACUCCAAAGAUAAGCACAAGAUAUUUUUCAUUCUCUCCUGCUUAUUUAUGCAGAUUGCACAGCAAAUGACAGGAAUUAAUCCUAUUUUAUCAAACAGAAGCAAGUUCUUCAGCGAUCAAAAUAUUUUAAAUUCUUGGGCUGAAGACUUUUUUAAUUUUGCAGGAAUGAUAGGGACAGCAAUAUUCUGCAUAAUAAUAUUCUUAAAGAUACACGUUUUCAGGUAUCUCAUGCCAAUUUCAGGUGCGGGAUCAUUUUUAGCGCUAAUUUUAAUGGCGACAGUGUCGUCUCCAAUUGCUGUAGCAUGGUAUGGUGGGGUAUUUUUAGUCUUUUUCUCAAUGGGUUUAGCUAGUUUACCGUGGAUUUUGCCAUCAAUGAUCUUGCAAGAAGAGAGAAAUAUAUCAAUUGCAGCAGGAUUAGGGUCUUUGGCGAAUGCAGCAUUCUCUAGUUUGGCUUUAAUUGGCUUUGACUUAGUCUAUCCUAUCUUAAAAAAUAACGUAUUUUUGAUUUUUUCGAUAUUUUGUCCGAUGGUUGGUAUUCCUGGAUACUUUUUCAUAAAAUAUUCAGAUAAAAUGAAGCAGAAAGGUGUAACACCUGCUGCAAAGAGCAUGAUUGCUGCAGAAACUGCGGUUUAA